AUGGCGAAUGGUAUCACGCACGAGCCUUCUCCUUCCAUGCUAGUCCGCCGGUUUAACGCCUUACUUCCCCAGUGCCAAGGCUACCUCAAGGCCGAAGAAAUUGUUUGGACGUAUGGGCUAUUGUUGUCAGAGCUCACCUCCAAUGUGAACUCCAUCAUUAGCGAUUUCACUAUCAUUGCCGGCCAACAGAGGAAACACGCCAAGGGCAUCGCGGAUGCCAUUUGCAAUCGGAUUCUUGAGGUGCCUGCUGAUAAAAAAAUUCCUUCUCUCUAUCUUCUGGACAGUAUUGUGAAGAAUUUUGGCCAGGAAUAUGUUAAACACUUCUCUUUACGUCUACCUCAAGUUUACUGUGAGGCAUACAGGCAGGUCCAGCCCAAUCUGCAUUCUGUUCUGCAACGUCUCUUUGGUACCUGGUCAAAGAUCUUUCCUCCCUCUGUCCUAAGUAAUAUUGAAGCUCAAUUGCAAUCUUCACCAGCAGUUAAUAAUCAACAAUCCUUUGCUAAUCACCUUGGGGCAUAUGAUUUUCGUGGACCGAUUCUUGGGGCUCAUGUUAUUAAACCACAAUCUUUGCAGCAGAUGGAACACUCUAGUUCAAUUAUGGAUAAUGUUGGUGGUGAUAAGUUGGAUUCAACGGAAACUGUAGGUAAUACAAGAGAAGGAGGGUUGAAUGAAUGGCAGCAAAAGAGAUUUUCUAGUGAUGGUUGGAACAUAUUUCAAACUUCCAAGACUUAUAAUCUCAAUGAUGAACAACAACGUCAAAGUCCAAGAGCUCUUAUUGAGGCAUAUGGUUGUGACAAAGGCCGUGAAAUUCUUAGUACUAAGCUUUUGUUGGUGGAGCAGCCUGGCAGAAAUGGUUUAGGGAGCAAGUUUCCAUUGGCAUCAUGGCAGGACACUGAAGAAGAGGAGUUUGAUUGGAAAGAUAUGAAUCCAGGAUUAGUAGACUGUAAUACAAACAGUAGUUCUAUGCAAUCAAGUGUUAGAUUCUCCAGGAAAAGGAAGUUAUCUAAUGAUCUAUCUAAUUCUUCACAGUACCCCUUUAAUAUGGGGGCUGCUCUCUUUGCUGUCAAUGCUCAUGCUACUUGCCCUUCCGACUUGAAUCCAGCAUUUUCAUUGCAAAAACGUCCUAGGAGUCUGUUUGAACCAAUAAACGUUAAUAAUAACACCAAUGUGGGUCAUGGUCCAAAUAGAACUUUGUUUAUACAUGACCAGUUGCCUAAUCAACCUGGACCAAUUUCCUCUAACCUGCAAAAUCAUGGACAAGCACCUCAACUACAGUUUCUUCCACCUCAAGUUCCAUCUUCAACACAAAUUAGUCAUGGUGCCUUAAUAAGUACGCCCAUCUCAAAUCCAUUACCUGAUAUGCAGGGCCAAAGUUUACAUUUACAUGGGGGAACCUUGCCACUUUUACAUCCAAGCCUCCCAACUGCUCCAUCACAAAUGAUGUCUCAUCCCCAUGCCGAUGCUUCGGUGACAAGUCAACCACCACCUGCAUAUCUUAAUUUGAUUAGUUCACUAGUGAACCAUGGUGUGAUCUCGGUAAUUAAUCCCCCCACCAAUCCACCCACCGGACUGGAUUCCAUUGGGACAGAGUUCGAUCCAGAUAUCUUGAAGGUUCGUCAUGAAGGUGUAAUCAGUGCCUUAUACGGUGAUCUUCCUAGACAAUGCACGAGCUGCGGUCUCCGAUUCAAAAGGCAAGAUGAGCACAGUAGACAUAUGGAUUGGCACGUGACUAGGAACCGAAUGUCGAAAAGCCGGAAGCAGAAGGGGUCUCAAAAGUGGUUUGCAAGUGGGAGCAUGUGGCUAAGUGGUGCAGAGGGUCGAUGUGCACUGUGUGGAGAGGGCUUCGAUGAGUUCUACAGCGACGAAAUGGAUGAGUGGAUGUAUAGAGGAGCCACAUACCUUAAGGCACCCAUGGGAAUAACAUUGGCCACCAUGGACAGACAUCAACUAGGGCCCAUUGUUCAUUCCAAAUGCAGAUCUGACUCUGACUCUACUAUGCCCUCAACCAACAUGGAACCUACCAAGAAAGUAGUAAGAAAAAAAGAAUGCGGGUCGACCAAACAUCAAUUUUGUGCACCCUUAAUUAGGACUUACUAAUACUUUUUAGGGUAGAGUUGCGCUAGUAGUGUUUCCAAUUUCUUGCCAUCAAAUACUGUUAGUUGUUGUUACUAGUGCUCUAUUAUUGUUCGGGUGGGAGCCCCGGCAAUAGAUUUCAUUUAUCAACAAAAUCACAUUACAUUACUGUAUUAAUAAGUACGUUUAAUUCAUUGAAUUUAAUAAAAUUUUGCGUUCCGA